UUAAAUAUAUUACUAUAAUCUUCUAAUAUUCAUUUUAUUAGCAAUAGCUCUCCAAUAAAGAUGAAAACCUUUCUACUGUUAACUAUAAUUUAUGCGAUUUUUGCAUUUGGAUUUGCAGCCGAAUCGACUGGAUUCUAUAAAGACCCCAGAUACCCUGGUAAAUGCUACAUAAACGAAAAUUUGAUAUUAUCAGCUGGAGAGCAACGCCGUCACACUGAUGGUUGUGCGAGGGUCAUAUGUGGCGGUGAGGGUUACACCACAAUUCAAACAUGCGGUGUUCAAGGUGCUGCACCCCCUUGUAAACUGGGUGACUAUGUAAAUCCCGAUGGAGAUUAUCCCGAUUGUUGCGAGAGGAACGUUGUAUGCUAAAGAAAAAAUGUAACAAUAUUUUUUGUUUCCUAAAACUUUUUUUUGUUGUUUUAAAAAUUAUAUGCGUUUGUCGUUUAAACAUUUUUCAAUUUUUUGUACUUUUCCUGAUAAUUUUUAGAUAAGAGCUUUCUGCAAACUCAUAUAAUUUGUAAAUACUUAGAAGGUUGUUUGAUACGUUUACAAUCAAGAGUAAGCUAUGAAUUUUGCUCCGAUCCAAGGUCAAAAGUUAUGUGUGUAUUUUUUGUUGUAUGUAUCAAAAAUAUCUUAUCUCCGCUCUCGCGCAACGCAUGACAUAAAUACAAGGGGCUAUGAAGCGUUUAAGUUUUUUGAUAAUUUUUCUAAGCGUUGACAGUUUGAUUACAAUUACUAGAGGUGUUUGUAGACAUCGUGGUAAAUGUAAUUGUGUUUAGAAGCGUGCGGUCGAAACUGAAAAAGAAUUUCAUUUUCUCCGUUUAAAAUUACGUCUCCACAUUUAUUCUCGUUCCCAUUGGCGUUUUAAUAAUUUAAAAGUAAAACUAAAACCUUAAGACUUGCUUUGCACUACAUACGUUUUCAAAGGAAAUAUCGGUAUGCUAAGCGUAGGGUAACGUGUUUCUUGUAAGGUGGUGAAAAAAUAAUUUACUUGCAUACGUUUGCUAAACUGCUGAAUACACAAGCGAAAGCCAACUUUCAGCUUCGUACCACCAUAAAAAUAAUGCCGACCAUGUUGUGACUUCAAUGAAAAAGUUGAUAAUUUCUUGAAAUUAUUUCUAGUUAACUUACGAAAAAAGCGUAAUCUUCUUUUGUUAAUUUCUGAAUGAUGUUUAGAUCUCGCCGAAAAAUGUGUAAUUAAUGGGAAUCUUAUAUUAUCGGCUGGUAACCAAGUUUCAAUUCGAAUGUACCAUGUGUAUUAUAAGUUGUUGCAAUAACUUUUAUGUUACAUUUCACAGGUAAGAGUUAUGAAAUUUGUUGUGUUCAAAAACAUUUAUAAAUUUAAUUAGAUUUGUAUUUUAUAUAAAUUAGUUGCAAUUGAAAGCAAGGAGGCGUAACAUGCUUUUACGCUAAUUUCUAAAGGGGAUUAUGCCAAAAGCUAAUGCGUAUGUAGACGAUAUGGAUGAACCCAAAGAAGAAUACAAGAAAACUUUAUAUUUUUUUAGCCACGCAACGUUAACGUGUUUAUAAUGAGAUCUAGAGAAAAUAGUGAUUUUUAAUACCAAGGGUCAAAAACAUUCAAUUUUCCAAUCCAUAAUAUAUUACAUUUUUAAAUUGUUAGACUUAAUUGUUCAAUGAUAUGGCAUUUAAGGUUUUUUCAGCACUUUUCUCAGAGUUGUUGAAAUAAAUAUAUCCUUUUAUUCCAUUUUAUAGAUGAAGUGAAACAUAUUCCAACUUUGCUGUAAAAACCUUUCUUUACCCUACUGCAAGUGGUCGAAAAAUUGGUCCGAUCCGAAACAUUUAUAGUAUCGUUCUUUCGUAGGUGAAAACACGUCGGUGGAUCUUAAAAAUUCGCGACUUAUAGUAUGAACCCAAGGAACAAAACGGACAGACAAGCUACGAUCGAGUCCGAAAGUGAUUAUAAUUCGAUUGGUAGAAUAAAAGGUGGAUCUGCCUCAGGUCCUUCUGGACGCAGUAUAAAUCCCCACAAGCUUACUAAACCUUGUAAGAACCAAAGUUACGCGGCUUGUUUUGAUCCUAUACGUAGCUACAAGUUAUUGCUACGUAUUUAAAAUAUGACAAGUAUGUUCUAAUUUCCAUUCAUUUUCUUUUAUUGCAGGAAGUUUGUUAUUCUCUUUUGACUAUUAUAGGGGUGCUAUAAUAAGCAAGAACGAAAUGGAUUGGGAACAUCACAUUCGAAAUAACUUAGAUGACAUACUUCGAAUGCCAUCAACUAAGAGAUCGGCAACGCCUAUUCGUGUUCGAACAAGAGGGACAAAAAGAAGAUCACUUCCGACUUUCUUCUUCUUGACUGAAUCGCCAUAGAAGUAAGACAUAAAAGUAAGGAAAAAUCCGUCAUCAUCCGUUAGGGUCUCGCGAUAUAGGGGCCGAAUAGGUGGUGUUUAGGCUUGGGACUCCCCCGUUCCGUCUAUGGACAAUAUACGAUCACCUAUUGAUUUCCGUUAAGUAUAGGUAUUCUAAGUUUAACGUUUAGCUGUUAGGAUCUUUAAUACCAUAAGUGAUUUAAUAAACAGAAGUCGAGUUAUGAAGUCAACCGCGAUUAGGGUUUUCUUUUAAUGAGUGGAGAAUGCACCAGGCUUGAAUAAAGAAGGAUAAAUAACAUCCUGCGCAACCUAAAAAGUCUAUCUAUAGGUUAUAAACGACCAGUUCGACGCAGCAAAAAAUAUCCUAUAUUUCAUAUCCUCGACUCUUUUUAAAAAGAAAAUUCUGGUCCUGAUAAAUUUAAAAAUGUAAUAAUUUUGCACUAAUUGUGGCAGGAUCAACGCACAAAUUAAGCUGAAUUUCGAAUUUAAGUUAUGUCAAACAAGCAAUUUCAGACCGGGAAUGUUCGUCUAGGCAAAAUUUUGAAGUUAAAGUAAUCAUAAUUUCAGCAAACACUACAUUGCUCCCAUGUCAACCAUGAUCGACGAUGUAAGCACUUUGUGUCGUUAGUGGUACAAGUGG